AUGUCUCAAAAUCUUCAACACUCGAUUUCUCUUGAAAUUGUUGUGGAGCGAGCAACGAAAUUGAUCGCAGCUGAUAUCCUUUCGCAUUCGUCAGAUCCCUGUGUGGUGGUUAAAGUUCCCUAUCAAGGACUUGUAAAAGAAGAACGAACGAGUGUCAUCAAACGAAACCGAAAUCCUGAAUGGAAUGAGCUCUUGGAAAUGUUUAAAUGUGGAAGAUGGACUCAGAUGAAAAAUUAG